AUGCAAAUCUUCGGCACCAAAUUCCACAGCACGAGGGACAGAUACUGGAGAAGCAAACGAUAUCAAAAGCUACAAGACGGCGGCGCGACCCGAAACAAGAACGUCCGCAUCGCCAGGCUCGGCGACAACAACAAAGGUGGAGGUUAUAAGUUGGUGUGGAAGAUCAAGGUGGUGCCGAAGCUGCGGCUGAGAGUCGUGGCGGCGGCGCCGGUGAAGCUGGCGGCGAAGUUGAAGAACGGCUACAUGGACAUGAUGGUGAGGCUGGCCGGCAGCGUGGGGUAUUUGAAUACCCAGAUGGUGAUUGGGAACAAGAGGAUUCCCAAGGCUAGGCAGUCAAAAAGUACUGCGAAGUAG